GUUUGUGUAUAGUGGUAGGGAAUGCUCAGAGAGCAAUGAAAUUCAAUGGUGGGGAAUGAGAGGGAUGCAAUACGUGCCCGCUGACACAUCUCUAGUAACUGGCUGUAGCAUGCAGUAGUACGAGUCAAGUGUCGAAUUUACGCUACGGCUGGGUGUUCCGUAAAUCAACCGUAAACAAGCUGAAGGAACGCCCUCCGUCGCGUCAAAAGUAUUUAACAGAUAUUUAACUUGUUAUUUAAGUAACGGACAUCUCCGCAGUUACUCACGUAAGUGAAGUCACGUUUCGGUUAUUCGAAGCUGGUCGACGCCCAAAUCGUCCCGAGUGGAAUUAGUAAGGUCUAAGAUGACUAUCUUAAAAUCCUGUUGGUCGCCUUUUAUAUGGACGAAUAGCAUCAAGACAGGCAGCAAAGCCGUUGCAUUUUACACUUCGGCAUUAAGUAUUAUUGCGAUCACGCUGAUAUGUUACCAGUUAAAUGGAGGGGAUUCGACGCAGCUAUAUAAUCCAUUAUUUGAAGCUGACGUUAGAGGAUCUAUGCAAUAUGUUGGAGGAUUCCUUAUAUUUUAUUUCCUGCUGCUAAUAGUAUUUUCCUUCUUGAUGGUUUAUGGAAUCAAUGAAGGAGUACGUGGAUGGUUAUUGCCCUGGCUUAUUUCAUGGUUUGUAGUUUGUUUGUUCCAACUUGUGUUUGGAUUGUGGUUGUUAGGAGGUUACUAUAUUUACCUUGAUUCUGUGUUUGCAACAUUGUGCGAUUGGCUAUGGAUGUCUUAUAAUAUUUACUGUUGGCUUUGUGUCUUCUCCAUGUACAAAAUAUUUGAAGAACUCCAGUCACCAAAUAUUGAACUUCUGUGGCCUUAAGGAACUCGUCAACAUUCUCAUUAGCGAGUUAAUUAUCCAGUUCAGAAACUGAAAGCAGUACAACAGAUAACAUAUCGCGAUAGAGAAGAUUGGCAGAUGUUGCAACAUGAGAUAAUGUUAUUUACACUUCAUUAAUGGAAAGGUGCACUACAAGAUCUGUGCAUUGAAGUGCAUCACUGGUUUGUAUACUGUCAAUUAAAAACACUCUGUUUUACAGAAUAGAAUGUAUGUUUUACCUAAAAAUACUUAAAAAUUCACUGAUUAUAACGUGCAUGAAUACUCGUUUUAUCAGUGAAUUAAAAGAAUUGGCAGUUAUACGCGUAUUCCACUAUAUUUAAAGUAGCAAUACAAAUAAUUUCAUAGGAUGACCGAAGACUGAAUAGGUCUGAUUCCAGCCACUUGUCCAAACUCGGUCAGUAAUAUUAAAAAAUAUAAAUAGGGAACAAUUGCCUUAUAGAGAACAUAAGAAUACGACAUUAUGAACAAUCAAAGAGCACAAGGUGGAAAAAAAUUACAUUUUAUGAAUUAGUGCUCAAAAUACUUUCACCAGCGAUAUUGAGAAUCACUUUUUACGUAAUUUCAAGUUUUAUUCAAUUUUGUAACAAAUCGUAUUUUGUAUGAUAGUUUUGCAUUAAGUAAAACCCGUAUUUCUGUAAUUCACAAAAUUGAUCUGAAGUGUAUACAUGUUAAUUGAGACUGCGACUGGGUUACAUAAUGAUUCUUAUCCUUAUGUGAUCAAAUACCAUUGCAAUGGCGUUUAGUAAUAAUCAUGAAAUUGCCUACAUAUGUGCCUCUUUAUGCUAUUUAUUAGUGCUUAUUGUGUAUGUAAUAUACAAUGUUUUUACACGAUUUUUACAAUAAAAGAUUUUAGAAUAUCUUGAA